ACGUUGUUUCUAGGAGCCAAGCAAAUAAAUACUCUCAAGAGGAACUCAUGUUAAUGAAGACUCAGGACAUAGGCUAUAUUUUACAGAAAGUUCAGAGUGAGAAAAAGAAAAUUGAGAAGUUAACUGCCAUGCUGCACUCGCUUGAUAAUCAGCCAUCAAAUAAACGUGUCUACUAUGCCGAAGACAGGGAGGAGGCAGAAGAGCUAGCAUCUAAAGCUUCAGAACGUAGUAAUCUGGCUGCUUCUAACAACUUGCCUAGCAGUAUUAAAAGGAAGACAGCUACCUCUUACAGAGAGUUGGAAGCAAGAAAGAGCAGAGUGAGAGAUUUAGAGAAACUAUACAUGGAUAUGGCCAUGCAGAAAGAAUUACAGAAAUCAGGAAGGAAACGCAAACUUCGUGAAGAAGAGCUUGUUAACCCAACAUCCAAACCUGUCUACAAGUGGAGACAAGAACGUAAACGAUGAGAAUUUUACAAGCAUGUGGAAACUUUUUGGAUGGUCAUAUAAAGAAUUCAGGUGAAAGACGGUAGAAUAUCUACCGAGUUAAGCUUCAUCGGGCAUUGAAGCUCUACAAUCUUUGGGGUUGCUUCUGUCAGGGUGAUAUCUUAGAUGGAACAUAAGUCAUUCGCGUCUUGGAAUCAGAAGUGGAUGGCUGUUUUAUCAUGAAUCAUAUUGUUGAACAUCUUAAACAUUUCUGUAGAAUACUCAAAUAUUUGCAAUUCCAGCUUGUGUGCUUAAGAGGCUCGGGCUGUGUUGUGUACUGAUGAUCGAACGUGAGAAUGAUAUGUAGAAUUUGCUUCUAGAAAUUAGUGUGUACAAGUGCAAAUGCAUGUGAAA